GGCGGGUCAGUUCCUUUGUGUGUUCUAGUACCUAGGUUUGAGGGAUAACCACCCCUGUAAAAAAAAUAAUAAUCGCUAAAUUCGUUCCAUCUCCCGCGGAUAUGCAUCAAAACUAUGGCCCACGCAAGCGUCCACACCGCGGGUUCCCGUGAUUCUUCAGCGGCUCCGUAGGAGAAGGCCGGCCCCCAGGAUGGCGCAGGACAGCCUGAAGAUGAUCAGCAGCUCGGUCAGCCUCGGGCUCGGCCGGAGUUCGCUGUCACUGAACCAGCAGGUCGCAGGUGGCUCAAGGUCGUCUGUUCUUCUUCAUCACAUCGACUUUGAGUCAUGCGACAACGGAGGUGCCAAGCACACGUCGGAGGCGCUGCGCGCCAAGUAUGCGCCACUUUCGCCGGCGCCCGUCCACAACGGCACCCUCUCCAAGACGGCUGCGACGGCGCUUCAUAAGAUUGGUGGCAAGCCAGCCGCAACUUCAAACGGCACGGUGGUAGCCAACGGCGCCACGUGCAACGGCUCUUCGUCUUCGGACGAAGGCAUCCCUGAGCCACGAGUGCGACUCCACUCGCCGGAGGCAGUGUGGCUGGACUGGCGGGAAGUGCGCAAGAUCGGCGCAGGCCUGGUGAACCUGGGCAACACGUGCUUCAUGAACACUGUGAUCCAGUGCCUGACGUAUUGCCCGCCCCUGGCCAACUACUUGCUUCACCAGGACAACCACUGUGCCAAGUGUAAAACAAUCAACUUCUGCAUGAUGUGCGAGCUGCAGAAGCACAUGCGGAGAGCCCUGGACAAGCCCGGGGAUGCCAUAAAGCCCAUCUAUAUUUAUCAGAGGCUCAAAGCCAUAGCCAAGCACUUCCAGUUCGGCCAGCAGGAGGACGCCCACGAGUUCCUACGCUACGUCGUGGAUAACCUGUGGAAGGCCGCCCUCGCAAACCACGAUGGGGGACCCAAAUUGGAUCCCGCCAGCAAGGAGACGACGGUCGUCAACGAGAUUUUUGGCGGCUACCACCGCAGUCAAGUCAUCUGCAUGAGGUGCAAGAAGACUAGCAACACGUAUGACCACUUCAUGGAUCUGAUCCUCGACAUCAAGAAUGCCUCCAGCCUGGAGAAGGCCCUGGAGAAGUUUGUGGAGCCCGAGCUGCUCCAGAACGACAACGCCUACAAGUGCCCCCGGUGCAACGUGAAGGUGGAAGCCCAGAAGCGCUUCACGGUGCACAGGCCGCCGAACGUGGCCACCUUCCAGUUCAAGCGGUUCGAUUCGAACCGGAUGUUUGGGGGCAAGAUAACGAAGCACGUGAGCUACCCGGAGCGCCUGGAGAUGCGGCCCUUCAUGUCGGACAAGCAGGGCGGUGCCGUGACGUACCGGCUGAACGCGGUGCUGGUCCACCUGGGGGCCAGCUGCAACUCCGGCCACUACUUCUGCUUCGUGCGCAACUCCAACGGCAUCUGGUACCUCAUGGACGACUCUAGGGUUCACCAGGUGAGCCUAGGUCAGGUGUUGAACCAGCAAGCCUACGUGUUGUUCUAUGUGCGGACGUCGCCACCCAAGGGCUCGCCAUCUGUCAAGAAAUCGAGCUCGGCGGCCGCCAUCGCGGUUCGGAACGUCCCGGAGCCCGUUCGGAACGGACAUGUCUCGGCGGCGGCAGUGGCCACGGUGGCAGAGAUGGGGGAGACCACCGCCCAGCGGCUCCGGCAGCCUCCGCCCAAGUCUCCAUCCUCCCCGGCGGCCAUGACGGCUGCCGGCACCCCCUCCGUCAACGGCCACCCGCCCUCCUCUCCCGCCACCCCCCUCCCUUUGAACCGCGCCAAGGUGGCCUUCGGAAUCUCGCGCCCGGCGGCGCUGACGUCUGCUACGAGGACUGAGAGUUUGGCGUCUCCCGCCCCUUCCCCUUCCGUCUCGAAGGCAGUUACCCCUAGGCCUACCCCCAUUCCGUCGACCCCGUCCGGCAGCACAACCACGACGGAAGCAAGCCUAGUCCCUUACGCGGGCGACUCUUCGGACUCCGAUUCAGAUGAGAGGGUACCUCCGUCGUCUGCAGAGAAAAGCCGCGUCGGCGGAAAGGGGUCGGCACUGUCUACGUCGUCGCGGGGAAUUGCAAAGGGAGCGUCGUCCUCGUCGUUGCACGUGUCUGGAAUGAUGUCGCCCUCGCUCGCCUCGGAGUCGAGCACUACGAGCGUCAACUCGACGACAGACUGGAACGUGACUGAUCGAGAAGACGUGCAAGCGGACGCGACCUCCACGGUGCCACAGGCGCGCAAGCCCGUGCCCGAGGCAUUUCCGGGCUGGACGGUUAAGCCCGACGCAAGUUCGUCCGCCGUCGUCGACGUCGUCGUCGUCCAUACGGAGGAAGGAGAGGCCGCCCAGGAGACGGAAGAGACCCGGCUGCAGCCCUUUCGGGGGGAGGCGGGCGUCAUCGGUGCGGCGCGGGCUGGGGGCUCUGGUGACGCUCGGAGAGACGCUGGUGCGGUGCGCGGGGCGGUUGGCAGCGGCGCCGGCGUGGCGCCGCAGCCUGUGCCCGUCGCUGGGGCGGCGGUCCAGGCGGUGCCGCUGGCGCCGGGACGGGAGUCCGGCGGGCGUGUGAGUGCGGCGGACACGGACGACAGCAGCGACUCGCACGAGUGGGUCGAGCGGACCAAGGAGACGUUGGCUGCCGAGAAAGCGGGACGGCUCUCGGCCCCUGCGGCGUUGGGCGGCUCAGUGCCCGUUCACCGCUGGGAUGACCGGCCCGACCGGAACGGCGUUGCCUCCUCGCCGCAGCGGCCCCCUUGGAACGGGAACAACAAGAGGCCCGACGUCGUGAGCUACCUCCAGGACGCCGGUUCCAGGCAGUACGGCUUUGCUGCGAAUGGCUGGAGCAACCGAAGCAAUCCUGGCUACAACGGAUACGGCGGAUACAAUGGCGAGCGAGGGGCCGGCGACUAUGCGAGGGACAAGCGGAAGUACUAUGACGACUACGACAGCUACGACGACGAAUAUGACAAGGGCAAGAAGCGGAAGAACGGCGGCUUUGGGCCACCUCCGUUCCAGCGGCAGUACAGGGGCAACCCCUUUCAGGACGCGCAGAACUUCAGGAACCAGCAAGGUCGCUUUCAGCCGCAGUUUGACAGGUUUCAGAAGACCGGUGGCCCGCCGUUUUACCAGCGCCAUCAUGAACGCCGUCACACGGACUACGGCAGAGGACCGCGUCGCAAGCACCACUUCUACGGGCGGACCAGGUAGCACGACGGAGGCACGGCACGGAACCCGUCGUAGUUCGGCGGGGUGAAUAAAAACACUGCGUUCUGGCCCCCAAGGAAGAAUUCGCCUCUCACCGAUUGCGGGACGCACUACCGUCGAGACGGGUGGAUCCGUCGGAACGCUCGGAUCGCUGCAUCGGGAAGUCGUACUUCGGAAGAAGCGUGCGUAGAGAAAAUCUUCCAAAGAGACGAACAGCCUCAAUUUUACGACGAACGUAACUCGACGGAAACGCCGUGCUGCAACUUCACGAUCGCCGCGUUGUCAUUUUACGCAAAAUGUGCGUGGAUUCGCGGGACUACGGGGAAGAGACGGAGACGCAGCGGCUGAAACCCGACGGAUCUCCGCGGUUGGAACGACCGGAACUGGCUCGGGCUUGGAAGGGCAUUAGUGCAUACGCCAAGCGUUCGUGACUGCUCCGGACGGAGGAGCAAGAGGCCCGUGGUUUGCAGACGUACGUUGGGUUGGACUUCGUGCUAGCUAGGAUUGGAUUGGAUCCCGGCUUUGAAGAGCGGCGCUUGGCUGCGCCCUGGUGGACUUUGGCGGCUCGUCGUUGUGGGAGCUGCGAUCAACGCAGGAAUUCCUUCCAGUUUUUUUUUUUUUCUUAUCUGUUUGUUUGGUGGAGCGAGGUGCUGAGUGAAGCAUGCUCACUUGUUUUAAUGAGUUUUUUUUUUGUGUGAGUAAGAGUGACUUGAUAUGAGCUACACUGAAAAACUGCAAAUGAAAGUGUUUUUGGGAAUGUGCUUUUUUUUUGGCUAGUUUUUCUUCGGAAAGGGAUUGUAUUGAUGUAUUGUUGCCGCUGCAUGGGUGUGCUUGUCAAUAUGUUCUUCAUUUGGUAAAAGACCCUCUGCCCCCUUGCCUAUUUUUUUUUUAAUUUUUAGCAGCAUUUCAAGUACAGACGUAAUGACAUCACCUAGUCUGACCUUUUGUUUUUUUAUUGACUCGCUGACCGAUAGGACACUACUUGUAAAUAACUUUCAGAAUGGAGUGCGUUCUAACCUUCUUGGCAGUCAAAGAAUCUAAAAAAGAAACGCGUGCACCCGGUGUGCAUAGUUCCCGAUUGCUUUUUCAUGUGAUGUUUUACAUUUGGGAAAUGGGAUGAUUGUGUGUUCCUGUAAAUAACGUUGACUUGGCACAGAAAGAAUAAAACAAGCUCCAAACAAAGAA